AUGGCUGCGACGUUUGACAAUCAUGGCAUAUCGGUGUCUCACCAGACUCAUACGCUCAACGAGGAUGUAUACUACGCUAUCGUCACUCUCCUCGACAAACAAUCGGACGUCUCGGCCUUCAUGUGCUCAGCCCGAAUGUUAUACCCUCUAGGUAUGGGUAUCCUGCUGCGCAUGGGCGCGUCGAUCACUACGGACGAACAGCUCGUCUCCUUCUGUCGCUUCAUACAGCGUCAUUACUCAAGCGGCACCUCCCAGCUUGAAAGGCUAUCGAUCUGCAUCCCCAGGCUCCGGCUCGAUUUGGACUGGGACUCGGACGUUGAAUUGGAGGAUUACAAGCCCAUAAAUGGCGCCCCGCUUCUCGUCCCCGUCGUCGGCCUACUCCUGAACCUGCAGGACCUCUCGAUAGCGUUCUGCGAAGAACUCCUGGAGUACGAUGUACGCCUCGCGGAAGCAUUCUCCGCACUCACAACCUUGCGGCGGUUGUACCUGUCUUCAUUCGGACUGCGGACACACGAAAUUGUCAGCAAUAUCCGGUCGCCGCUGGUCGACAUCCACAUCGACGGCGAGUAUCCCGAAGUCGAGCUACCCCCACCUCAUCGACCACACCUCUGUGAUCCCCUGGAUGUACUGAAGCCGCAUCGUACCACGCUCGAAAGAGUGUCCCUCUAUCACUUCGACACCAGUGACGCUUACGUCAACUCCGGUCCCGACACGAGCAUCUUUCCCCGCGUGACUGCGCUCGCGAUGAUGGACUGCCGCGUAUGCGAACGCGACGUACUCGUGAACGCGUUCCCGAACUUGCGUGUCCUGGAAGUUGUCAGCCCGGAGAUAGACUUCUGGGCACUGGAAUAUCUGGAGACCCCCGCUUCCGUGGAGAGCGUAUACCUCCACAACCGCGACGAGGUCCAGGAAAUAUGGCCCGAUCUCGACCACGUUUAUGGCGACCUCAUUUCCGUGUACAUGCUUGCGCUGGACUGUCCUGUGGAGAGGCUGGACCUCAUAAUCUGUAUUGUCGACUUGCCCGAAGGUCGUCUCAGCACGACUAUCGAGGACAUACGCCCCGAGCGGAUUGUCCUGCGUUUGGGAUUCAAGAAAGAACAAUGGCCUCUGCUUGACCCCAAAUUCUCUCCCCAGGAUAUUUCACGCCUGCUCAACGGGGUGCUCGAGGACGUAGUGCACGACAUCACCCACUUUGGGAUAGAUCUUGGAUUGUGGGGCAUGUCCGGCGAGCCCAUACAUUAUCAGAGAGCGAUAGUAGACCUGCUGGCGGGCAUGUCCGUCCAGUUCUUCACGUGCCGCGUGCACGCCGUGGACACUGAGUACGAGGACGAGCUGCGGGACCCGCCGAGCGCCGAGCACGUUGCCAUCCUGUCCAAGUUCCACGGCAAGUUCCUCGCGUUCUGGGCGGCGCGUCUCGCGGAGGCGGCGCCUACGCUGGAGUACCUCUGUUUCCGUGUGUGGGACAAGGAGGUGUACUGGCACAUCACUCGUGCCCCGGGUGGAUCGCCACAGUUUGUCCGGCUCGACGUGGAUGCGGGUCGUGCCCUGGUUCAGGCGGAGAGGAUGCAGUGGCACUGCGGCGCAAAGGCUGCGCCGCGGGUGGGGGACGCAGAUACGUUCGCUGGGACUAUAAAGUUGUAA